AUGACGGGCUCUCAAGGUAUAGCGCGUGGCGAAGCAGCUGCGUUGCAACAGCGUGGCCAACAACUAUACCAGGCGGACAGGUUUCAAGCUGCCCUGGACGCUUUCACGGAGGCAUUAAACAUGAAAGAUGCCGAUCAUCUUGGUAUACUUGAUAAUCGUGCUGCCACUUACACUAAACUCGGUCAAUAUGAUCGGGCGCUCAAAGAUGCGAGGCAAAUGAUCAAAAAAGACAAACAGGAUGAGCGAGGAUAUCUUCGCUGUGCGAAGAGUCUUUUCUUAGACGGCAAAUAUGACAAGGCUGUGGAAGUCUACGCAUAUGCGCUGAAGACUUUGCCUAGUAGUCACCCGCGUCGUGAGCUCGUAGAACGACUGCACAACAAGCUUCGAGAUAAAAUGGCUGCUAAAUGUCGUGACCCCUUCAGUAUACUUCCUUUGGAAAUAGCAGCCAUGGUGUUAAAUCAUUUCGACUUUAAGCAGAUUGUGGCCAUCCUCCGCGUGUCAAAACAAUGGAACAACUUCCUCUCCUCAAUGAGAUACUUAUGGAUGCGAGUUGACCUGUCCGGCGCUCGGUGCAAAAUCCAUUGGUUCUCGGUCCGGGCUUAUAUCCGACGGUCUAAAUCUAUGCUAACCCAUGCCAUUGUAAAGAAUUUAUCUGCUGGCUCCUCAGAAAGAGUCCUUGGAUUCUUGAGCAGAUGUCCAAAAUUGGAAUACUUGGAAGUAUGGACGCCAUUUGCCUGUCAGGCCUUUUACGAUAUGUUCAAAGGCUCUAAACGCAUGAAAACACUGGUAAUAUCAGGACAGAUGCCGGUACCACAAGAAUACCUUGCGAAAUUCCUUGCAAGCUUGCCUCUCCUUGAGUACAUAAAGAUACACAAAUCCCGAACUUCGCUAUCAUCAAAGGUGCAAUGGCCCCCAGAACUCCCCCAUUUACGGAGCAUAAUUCUUGGCACAACAGAAGGAUCAUGGUUAAAUGGGCAUACAUCUGCCCUACAUAUCCCUCGUAAACAACCUUCAAUCCCCUAUUCCAUCGCCAACCUCGAAGAGCUGUGCCUCAACUCGGAUCCUGAUGUCUUUUUCCCUUACCCUCCCUCUUUCAAUCCAUUAGAUCUCACGCGGCUACGACGACUGGAUCUCAGCGGCAUAUACAUCAGUGACGAAUUUGCUCUGCCCCCUAGCCUUGAAUACCUGCGCAUAUGCGGGGGUGCCGCAACUGAUGAAUUUCCGUUUUCUAAUCAACGCCCCGUUGAGUUUCACAAACUCAGCACCAUCAUGUUUGUUGAUGUGCCUUGGGUCUCGAACAAUACCAUGCUCAUCUUUCUUUUGGAAGCCAAAGCCCCCUUAAAAGUGCUCCAUGUUGAGAGCUGUUUCCGAAUACGUGGGACUGCAUUUUGGGAUAGUCUAUGCGAACAUGCCAAUGAGUUAACAGAACUUAAUGUUUCCAGUGUUCUUGGUAUCAAUGAUACCUUUUCGAGCCGGAUUAUUGAGGAGAUGUCGGCUUUGAAAGUCAUAAAUGUGUCUUACACUGACAUAACUGGCAUUUCUAUUAAAAAGUUUGCCGAUGCGCGAGCCUCUAAGGCCAAUGUGAUGAAGGUCGAGCGAAUUUACGCAAAAGGCUGCGAACAUGUUUCAUCGGACGCUGUCGCAUAUGGUCGGACAAGUGGCAUUGAGAUAAUCAUUUGA